UUCUCUUUUGUUUGUUAUUAUUAGUAUUAGUUUUUUAGGGGGGGUUAUGGCUAGGCUGUUGAAGGAGGAGAGUGUAAAAGAGAUGUAGAAAUGAGAAUAAGAGAGGCCAUCUUAUUAAUGGUGGAAGAUGGGGACUUGCUGUCUUAAUGGUUAAUAAAAUGGAAGAAGAAAUGAUAGAGGAGGGAGAAGGGAAAAGGAAAGGGAAGGAUAAAGGUGAAGAGAGAUAAAUAAGCGAUCCUUUAAACUAAAGCAUACAUGAAACGCACUAUACCCACCCUCUGUCACAUACCUACGCUUGUCUUUUAAGCAAAAACUAAAACCCACCUUUCUUUCUCCAACCCACUUCCAGCUUUUCCUGCACUUUCAGUUGAUUAACUCAAACUUUGCAGGGUUGAGGUUUGGGCAAACACUCAAAUCCAAAGUUUCAAGAAAAGAUGGGUUCAUUUCAAACUCCAAUUGGAAUGCGAAGUUCCACUAUGCUUGAAACUUCAUGUGGAUAUCUACUUCAGGAGUUGCAGAUGAUUUGGGAUGAAGUGGGAGAAGAUCAGUUUGACAGAGAGAAGGUUCUUCUGGAUUUGGAACAGGAGUGUUUAGAAGUUUACCGGAAAAAAGUUGAUGGUGCAAAUGUGUCUAGAGCUCGACUUCAUCAGGAACUUGCAGAAGCCGAGGCUGAGUUUACCCAUCUUCUGUUGUGCCUCGGUGAACGUUCACUUCCUGGACGGCCAGAAAAGAUGGCGGGAACUUUGAAAGAGCAGCUUGAUUCAAUAACUCCAGCUCUGAGGGAAAUGCGGCUGAGGAAAGAGGAGAGGAUGAAACAGUUCAGGGCCGUACAAGGACAAAUUCUGAAAAUUUCUGCAGAAAUAGGGGGUCAGUCAGAGUGUGAUGAUUCCUCUCCUGUUGUCAUUGUGAAUGAGAAUGAUCUUUCUCUGAAGAAACUUGAGGAAUAUCAGAAUGAGCUACAAAGACUUCACAGUGAAAAGGAUGAAAGGCUUCAGAGAGUGGGAAAAUAUAUAGACACAGUCCACAAAUUGUCUGCAACAUUGGGGAUGGAUGCUUCCACGAUUAUCACCAAGAUUCACCCAAGCUUGGACGACCCAUUUGGAAGAUCCAAGAACAUUAGCGACUCCAUUUUAGAAAAGCUUAAACGCACUGUGGAGUCUCUUAAGGAAGAAAAGCAGCAACGGCUUGAAAAGCUUCACAAUCUCGGGAAAGCAUUGACAAACUUGUGGGAUCUUAUGGAUUCACCUUAUGGUGAUCGCCGAUUGUUUUCUCAUGUAGUUCGUCUAUUAUCAGUCUCAUCACCUGAGAUAUCUGAUCCUGGAAGCCUUGCGUUAUAUAUAAUUGAGCAGGCUGAGUCUGAAGUCAAACGACUUGAUCAACUAAAAGCAAGCAAGAUGAAAGAGCUAUUUAUCAAGAAACAGAAGGACCUGGAAGAUAUAUGUAACAAAUCACACAUGGAGAUACCUUCGAGAUCGGAAAUGGAAAAAAUAAUAAAUCUUAUUAAUUCUGGGGAAAUUGACCAUGCUAAUCUCCUCGCAAGCAUGGAUGAACAGAUAUCAAGAGCAAAAGAAGAAGCAUCUAGCCGGAAGACUAUCAUGGAGAAAGUUGAGAAAUGGAUGUUAGCAUGUGAUGAAGAGCGCUGGUUGGAAGAAUACAGCAUGGAUCAAAGCCGAUACUCAGUCAGCAGAGGUGCGCACAAGAAUCUCAGGCGUGCAGAACGAGCAAGAAUAACAGUCAACAAAAUUCCAGCUUUGGUGGAAUUGCUUUUGGAAAAGACCAAGAGUUGGGAGGCAGAAAGAAGUAAAGUGUUCUUGUAUGAUGAGGUGCCUUUGUUAGCAAUGUUGGAGGAAUACAAUGCCCUGAGACAGGAAAAGGAGGAGGAGAAGAGGAGACUAAGGCAGGAGAAGAAAAAAGUGCAAACUCAGGUCGUAAUCGAGACAGAAAACUUAUAUGGACCAAGGCCAAGUACCAGCAGUCGGCGUCCUUCAAAUGCUAGCAUUAAUGGAGGUUAUAGCAACGCCAUAGCUUCGAACAGAAGGCUUUCUCUGGGAAUCCAGCAAUUGGAAUCAAACGGCAUAAAUUCAGGAACUCAAGUCAUUUCUAUCAUAAAGGAAGGGAAAAAAUUACCUGGACAAAACAUAACUCUUCGACACAACCUUGUGUCUCAGGUCAGAGAUGAAACAGCUUCGGUGGUAUCCACAUUUUCUGGCCCAAUAUCUCCUUAGAGUUCACACUACACGACUCCAAGUUCAAAUGUCAUUC